GCCAAUCAGCAAGAACACAGCGCUCCAUCCUGUGUGUGUAGCAGCGACGCGUACAGAGCACAGCCAGCCCAGCAGGCUCUGCUCAGUGACUGCUGCUAUGGUGUAUCGAGACGAAGUGGUGAGAUUAACGUCCCGGUUUAGAGUUAAGGACGAAUAGACUCCAGGAAGUAAACAAGAGAGGACUUGGAGCGACUUGGAGAAUAUGAACAAAGCAGAAGCACCACGUCGCCCGACCGCCUCUCUAAAAUUCACUAUCGACAACAUCCUCAACCUCAAGACAAGCGGCAGUAACUGUGACACUUGUCAAUCCGCCGGAUCGCAGGAUGAACUGGCCACAGCGAUGCGUAAAGACAGUUUUCAUCACGAAGAGAAAGGAACUCAAGCCAGACAGGACCCGGACAGGCUCAACGACAGUGAGUUAAUCACAGACUGUAGCGGAUCAACGGAAACGGUCGUCAUCAGCCGCGGGAAUCAGAGGAAGGUGACGGAGGCGCGCUUCGAGAGCGGGGACAGCAGUUGCGAUGACAGCAGCUCUCCCACCGCAGCCACAGACCCCCACAAAGGAGGGAGCCCAGGCAAGAAGAAUAAAAUGAUAACGAAAAAGAAAACACGCACUAUUUUUUCAAAGAGACAGAUUUUUCAGCUGGAGUCUACUUUUGACAUGAAACGUUACCUGAGCAGCGCAGAGCGUGCCUGCCUUGCCAGUUCGUUGCAGCUCACGGAGACCCAGGUAAAAAUAUGGUUUCAGAACCGUAGGAAUAAAUUGAAAAGACAAAUUUCUAACGAAAUCGAGGGACCAGUUAGCGAUUUCCCCGAGACUGGAAAGCCUGUGGUGGUGGGGCAACUCCCGGCUUUGUACAAAGAGAGCAACCUGCUGGGGAGAUGCCUGCUGCCCGUGCCUCUGCCCGUGGUCUACCCGGGAAGUAGCACGCCUUACCUCUGCUUCUCAAACGCCAGCAAGUACUUCAGCCUGUAUGAAGGGGACGUAUGAUGCUUUUAACAAUUCCCUGCAGUGAAAGAGACACUUUUAGUGGUUUGUUGCCAACUUUGAAGCAUUUAAGGUGGUUUAGAUGGAGGAGACGGCUCUGCGGCCUUAACUGUUGAUUAAGACUGCAACUACAGUGGCAGGGGAGUAGUUACAUAUCACAUACAAAUAAGCGGAUUCAGUAUUAUUUAUUUUCAGUCAUCUGUGGGUUUUGUAGAGGCCUGACACGAAACCUAUUGUUACACAUAGCCCUGUACAGAUCAAUCUCAGGCUACGCUAAUGAUAGCCCGAGGGAGGCCCAAAACAAUAUCAUUUAGAUCAUUUUAUUGUUUACAUUAUUAUUGUUAUUAUUGACAAAAGCAUAUCCAGCAGCCUAAGCCACCAAAGAAAUUAUUAUAUCCGAUUUGCAUGCAUUUCCUAUAUCAUAAAUGAAUUUUGAAUUUUACUGAAAUUAUCUUUGUAUUUAAAUGAAUGUAAUUAACAUUUUAUUCUGUUUCACGCAUGUGUUUUGUUUUUCUGAAUAUUUUAUCAUUCUUACUUUGUUUCACGUUUGCCUGUGGGCCCAUUACAUCUUUUAUUGAAAUUGUAAUUAAAAUAUCUUCAAGAAAUAUUUCACAGAAUUGAUUCAGUAUUUUGCAGUGACCCUUGUUUUUCGGACAUAAAUUGUAUAUAGUUUCACAAAACUGUAUAUAAUAUGCUAUGGAUGCAGUUGUUGGUUAAUUAAUUUUCUCAAUAUCUUUGUUAAGAGGAUUCUGUAGGACCUAUUGACUGAAAAGAAAUAAAAAACACAGCUGCAAAAAGGUAAAUCAUGCAAAAGCGUAAACAUGUGGCCUCUGUAAAAACCACUCAAUGUAAAUUUGUUUUAAAUUACACCAGGCUGCUGUAUCCUAACCUCUAUGGGUGAAAGGACAAGGCUUAGGCAAAAUAGUGGCACACUAACAUAGAUAAUUUGUUAAAUUUGGAGGGCAGUACUUUAUACUACAUUCAUUUUAAAUACCUUACAGCCAGCUGAAUAUUAUUAUUAUACUGAGUCAUAAAAGACAAACCAUGGAGUAACAACCUCAGUAUGUCUGGGAAAAAAAGUGUCACUUUUAUCUUCAACUGAAUAAAAAAAACGGCAUAUUAGAGGCAUAACUACAAAUGACAGUAAAUGAAAUUGGCAAUACAAUGUGAGACUAAUUCUGUUUUACCUUAAGAAAAAAACUGUUUACAUUGAAGCAAAGUGGUUACACAUUCAGACAUUCCCUUCUGUUUCUGUAGGUAAAUACUUCAGGUUACACUUGGUUACGAUGUGCUAUAUCAGAGGAGAAAUAACAUGAGACUAAUCUUGUAACUUGCUGAGAAACUAAAAUAUUUUGGAAAACUUUUGACCCAAAGAUGUAGAGCUGACAGAUGUAGAUAUGAGGUGAAGCUCCUCCUUCCCCAUUUGGUUAUGACAGAAAGCCUACCUAAAUUUUCCUUCUGUCCAGCGCUCAGUGUGCAAACCAAUGUACACAUAUCUCCAGCAUGACUUUAAGCAUACACAAUGGGAAGCUUUUCGCCCACUCCCGUGAAGCCAAGCCAAGGCUCUUUCCUUUUGAGUUAACUUCUUUUGUGUCAGCUGUAUUAGCAAGGGGAUAUUUACACCCAGGACUCCAGAGUGAAUUAAUGCACUUCCCCCAAAACAGAAACAAGGCUAUCUGCUUUCUGGAGUUCUUAUUUCUGAGAUAAGAUGUCUUAGCUGUUUAAAUUAUAUAGCUAACAAGAAGGAAAAUAAAAAGAGAAAGUAACUGGUAAUGAUCCCUAACUACAGCAAGUAACAUGUUUUCUAAAUGGCGAUAUAAUAUGCAUUUUCAGAAUUUAAAGUAUGCCUUGUGGUAUACCUAACAAGGUAUAAAACGAUAGUCAUUGUCUAAUACUUGUCUUCUGUUAAAGGAAAAAAUGAUGCAAAAUAAUGUAAAAAAAUUAAAUCUAGAUUUAAGAUUUAUAGUGUUUUUACUAAAAAAAACAAGUAACAUUUGUCUGCAAAAUAUCUUAAAACACUGUGAUGGUGUUUCACAGGGUAACAUUGUGAUGUUUCAAAUCUUAUGAUUUUCCCAAGACCAAAGAUAAUUUGUUAUUUCACUGAUGCCCACAGGGAGUCUGAGUGUGCCACAAGCAUAAUACCCUUGACUUAGACUAAGUGGUCCAUCACAGACAACAGAAGAAAACAUAAUUGAAAACAAUAAUUUGUCAAAAACAAUAAUGCCAUUUUCUCCACUAACAAAAAUUCUCGCUCUGCAUUGAAUGAGCUGAAAGUGAGCUAACCUUAUCAGUACUGCCCUUUGACCCCCACGGGGCACUUUGCCAAAACACUUAACCUGCACAUUUAUAAUAGCAUAGGCCUAAAUCAUACCGAGUAAUCUAUUCUAUCUACUACGGAGGUAUAAUCACAUAGUUAAAAUGAAGUUACUUAAGAGAAAAACAGGACACUAUGUGUUCAUUACCGAUCCUCUGUGGCAAAUAAAGGAAUCUCAGAGGCAUUCACAUCUAUCAUUGUGUGUGAUUCAGACAUCGACUCCAUCGAGUGUGUGUGUUCACUGAAGAAAAGAGGCCUGUUAUGUCUGGCAGGCUGUCUCGUGUUUCAGAGCUGCUGGAGAGUCACACUGCUCAGUACCCACAAUCCCCAGCGGCUACCAGCUCAGACAUGACGGCGGACUGUCAAGAUACGAGGUGUGGCCAAAUGGUAUAUUAUUAACAUUCAAGCCAUAGU